CCACCCAACACCCUUAUAUAUACCAUACCCAAUAGAUUUGGAGUAGAAGCUUAAGUUGAAAUCAUUACAAACAAACAAUGGAAGUUGGGGAACAAAGGAUGAAGAAAAGCUCAUUGUGGUUACAUUUUCCCACGAAAUGCUCUCAUCACAAUGAGUCAGAACAAACAGACCCAUCAAAAGAUUCAUCACCUCCCAAAAAGCCUGGAGGAUGGAAAGCCAUGCCUUUCAUCUUGGGAAAUGAGACGCUCGAGAGGUUGGCGUCUUAUGGGAUGAUAGCAAACUUCAUGGUGUAUUUGUUAACAAUUUUUCACAUGAAUCAAGCACCAGCAGCUAACCUAAUCAACAUUUGGAUUGGUGUCAGUAAUUUCACUCCUUUGCUUGGUGCUUUCAUUUCCGAUGCCUUCAUUGGAAAGUUCAAGACCAUUGCUUUUGCAUCCUUCGCAUCUAUUCUGGGACUAACAACAUUGACGUUAACGGCAUGGCUACCACAAUUGCAUCCUCCAGCAUGCAACUCAGUACAACUACCACUUGGUCACCAUUGCAAAGGCCCCAACAAUCUUCAAUUUGGUAUCUUGAUCCUCGGACUCGGCUUCCUAUCCAUCGGAACGGGAGGAAUAAGGCCGUGUAGCAUCCCAUUUGGUGUCGAUCAAUUCGAUCCAACGACGGAAGGAGGCAAGAAAGGGAUUGCCAGCUUUUUUAACUGGUACUACAUCUCAGCUACUGUGGUGUCCUUGAUUACUUUAACUAUUGUGAUUUAUAUCCAGGACAACGUUAGCUGGGUCUUGGGUUUUGGUUUACCCACCAUUCUCAUGGCCUGCUCUAUUGUUCUGUUCUUCGUCGGGACGAGAAUAUACGUCCAUCGACCGCCCGAAGGCAGUCUCUUUUCGGGUAUUGCCGGAGUGGUGGUUUCUGCUUAUCGAAAGCGUCGGGUUUUACUUCCUGAGGAUGGAGAGAUUGAUGUUAGUUUCUAUGAUCCUCCAUUGAAGAAAGCUAUUUUAUUAAAGCUCCCGCUUACCAACCAGUACAGGUUCUUAAACAAGGCUGCCAUAAUAGAGAAAAAUGACCUGAAACCUGACAAUGGUGGUGCAAAUCCAUGGAGGCUAAGCAGCAUUCAACAAGUGGAAGAGCUGAAAUGCCUCCUAAACAUAAUACCCAUAUGGUCUGCGGGUAUUAUUAGCUUCAUUUCCAUGGCACAACAAAGCACAUUCACCAUAUCACAAGCUCUGAUAAUGGAUAGACACCUCGGACCCCACUUCGAAAUCUCCGCAGGAUCCAUGGUCAUCAUAACAAUGAUCACAGUCGGGGUUUGCGUCUUAUUCUACGACAGAAUCGCAGUUCCAUUUCUUCGAAAACUCACCAAAAAGGAAAGCGGAAUCACAGUUCUCCAGAGGAUCGGAAUUGGGAUGAUAUUCUCACUUCUGUCAAUGGUGGUUGCCGGAAUUGUUGAGAGGGCGAGAAGAUCACAUGCCAAUUCCCACCCUCACUCGCCAAUGUCAGUCUUCUGGUUAUCUCCACAACUCAUUCUUCUAGGCUUAUGCGAGGCAUUCAAUGUUAUUGGACAAAUUGAAUUCUACAACACGGAGUUCCCUGAGCAUAUGAUGAGCAUUGGCAAUGCUCUUUUCAGCUGCUCCUAUGCCGGUGCUAGCUACCUCAGCAGCUUAAUCAUCACCGUCGUGCAUCAUACGACCGGAAUUCGUAGCCACCCCAAUUGGUUAACAAAUGAUCUCAAUGCAGGCAGAUUGGACUAUUUCUACUUCCUCAUAGCCGGGUUGUGUGUUGUGAAUUUCAUAUAUUAUCUGGUCUGUGCCCGGAAGUAUCGGUACAAAACCUUUGUACCAGUGGGAGAUGAACAUUACCAUGAUGUUGAGCUGAGCACAGUCAAAGCCUGAAACUAAUAUAUGUGUGUGUUUGUGUGAUUGAUCACUUGUCCCAUCUCGGCAAAGACAAAGUAGACAAAAGCUAUAUAUAUAUAAUUGUAGUCUCGUAGUGUCUUACUAUGUUGAUUAGUUAAAUAAUCUUCCAAAAAAAUUAACCUUUGUAAGACUUGAACCUUGUAACACAAAUCAUAUAA